UCUCAGCUAAUAGGAACAUGGGGAAUGGUAACAUCAGUUCAGCUGCAAAUCAAUCCUCUGGGCUGGAAGCAGCUUCCAGACACAUACAAACAGCCUCUAUUGUCAUUUACUGUGUGAUUUUUAUAGUUGGAACUCUGGGCAAUGGUUUGGUUAUCUACGUGACGGGAUUCAAAAUGCAGAAAACAGUCGAGACAGUUUGGUUUCUCAACCUGGCCAUAGCUGAUUUUCUCUUCACAGCCUUCCUGAUUUUCUCAAUCAUUUCUCUCUCUCAGAGUCAUCGAUGGCCUUUUGGACAAUUCAUGUGCAAGCUCAACACCUUUGUGAGUGUAGUCAACAUGUUUGCCAGCAUCUUUACUCUGACAGUCAUGAGUUUGGAUCGUUAUUUGUCCAUCUGGAUGGUGGUGUGGGCACACAACAAGCGCACAGUUUGCAAAGCUCAGCUCAUAUGUGUUGGUAUCUGGGUGAUUGCUGCGGUCUGCAGCACUCCUUAUGCCACUUUUCGCACUGUUUCAGAAAGCAAUGGGAGUCAUUACUGUCAAUAUAAUUUGACAAGCAAGGAACCAACAUGGAGUCUAUAUACUUUUCGCUUUCUUAUGGGCUUUGUGAUUCCAUUCCUGGUAAUACUUGUGACUUAUGUGGCCAUUGGCAUCCGUGCAAUGCGCCUGCCGAGAACAAGGCGACAGAGAUCUUGUCGAAUCAUUUUCGCCAUCAUUUUUACAUUCUUCAUCUGCUGGUUACCCUUCCACGUUUUCAACUUCAUAGAUACAUCUAACCCAGAUUUCAGGAACAUUGUUACAAUCGUGGGUCCUCUGACUGUGAGUCUGGCUUUUCUGAACAGCUGCCUGAACCCCAUCCUCUAUGUUUUCAUGUGUGAAGAAUUCAUGAAGAAGCUUCAGCAGUCCAUAUGUUUUGUACUUGAGAGCGCUUUGGCAGAGGACCACAUAUCAUUUAUGUCCACUCACUCCAUGUCAUUAACCUUGUUAAAGACUUUCCAAAAGUCAGACGCUACUGCAACUUCAAACAGGAUGGACACAGCCGAUUUGAAAUCCUUCACAGAAAGCAAAGUGAUCACAGAGGAGACACCGAACUCUGAAUAA